ACAUUUCCCAUCUGUGUAGGACGUCAUCACUCAAUGACACCUGCGUACAGUGCCGCAAAAGACCAGGGAAGACAAGUAAAAAGGGAGACAGAGGAAAACAACACGCGAAAGAAAGGAAUGUGUAUCAAGCAACAAAACGAAUUAUAGUCGCUGAACACUUACUCACCGAACUAGCGAACUAUACACAGCCUCUUGGCUCGUGAAUUUGUAGAAGAAUUUGCCAAACGCGGUUUGGCGAGCUAGCUAACGUCGUUAACAACAAGUAUUCUUUCUUCCUACGCGUUAGCAACGCAGCUAGCUAGCUACCAAGAGGAUACGCGUGUGUGACCCAGACAAGAGCCGAGAAAACACGUAUUUUGGACACACCAUGAAUCCUGAAUAUGACUACCUGUUCAAGCUGCUUCUGAUCGGCGAUUCAGGGGUGGGCAAGUCUUGCCUCCUGCUUCGAUUUGCGGAUGACACCUACACGGAAAGUUACAUAAGCACCAUCGGCGUGGACUUCAAAAUCCGAACUAUUGAAUUGGACGGCAAGACUAUCAAACUACAGAUUUGGGACACUGCUGGUCAGGAGCGGUUUCGCACCAUCACCUCCAGCUAUUACAGAGGAGCCCAUGGUAUCAUCGUUGUCUAUGAUGUAACAGAUCAGGAGUCUUACAACAAUAUAAAGCAGUGGCUGCAGGAAAUCGACCGCUAUGCCAGUGAAAAUGUCAACAAGCUGCUGGUGGGUAACAAGUGUGACCUCACCACCAAGAAAGUAGUAGACUACACAACAGCCAAGGAAUUUGCUGACUCCCUAUCCAUCCCCUUCCUCGAGACCAGUGCUAAGAACGCAACCAACGUGGAGCAAUCCUUCAUGACCAUGGCGGCUGAGAUUAAGAAGCGCAUGGGGCCCGGGGCCACGACAGGAGGAGACAAACCCAACCUGAAGAUUGAUAGCACCCCAGUAAGGCAGUCUGGAGGAGGAUGCUGUUAGGACUGCCCUGUCCCUUCCUCUCAACUCCAGAGGCCCAGGGGUAGAGUGACAGUACUGGGGUGGAGCUGACAGAACAGGAAAAUAUGGUGAUGGAGGUGGUGGGAUCUUCAAGAACUGACUGACAUUUUUUUCAUUAUUUGUUUUUCUCAUCUUGACUUAUGCCCAUAAUUAAGUGAGAAGGGUUUGUGCCCAAGGAGCAGUCCCCCCCCAACACACUCUUUUUAUUCACAAAUAUGCACAGAAUUGGAAACAUCUUUGAAAAAUGUGGUUGGCGUUGUUAGGCAUGAAAAAUGUUUUUAGCUAUUCAAGCACUAAUCCAGUAUCUAUCUGUAGCACUGGCUGUUUAAACACACACACACACACACACACGUGGUCGAAAGAAAUCAUGGCUGUUCUUUCAACUAUGGCUGACUACAUAACUACCCUUUAUGGCCUUUGUGGUUCCUAGUCAGACUGCUGAUCGUUGAAGGUGAAAUAAGAGGGACCAUUGUGCCAGUUAAACCAGAGGCUUUAUGGACACACUCCAGAGGAAAAAUAGUGAAGACGAGCGCCGUUUGUAUCAUCUGUCCUUUCGGGAAUUGAGAUUCAAAUUUGGAAGUUGUCAUUGGGCCCAUGCGCAUAAUAUAUAGGUUGUAAUAGGGUUGCUGUUGAGGAGAAAGAGAAGACGGGGUGAAGUAAAUAACAGGCUUUCUAUCAUAACAAAGUUCAAAGUGGGGACAACAUGGCAAAUGGAAAUCUGCAAUCACGGCGUCCACAUCUUUAAUGUCUGUUUUAAUCGUUGUUAUAUAAUACUAUUAUUACAUGGUGGUUUUACCACUGAUUUUGUUUUGUUUUGAUUCUCUCUUCUAAUCGAGACGGUGUGUAAGCAGUAAGUGUGUUAUUGUUUUGAUUCUCUCUUCUAAUCGAGACGGUGUGUAAGCAGUAAGUGUGUUAUUGCUGUUUGAUGAAUUAGAGCAUAACCGAAGGUCAACUGCAUUUGGUUCUUUCUGUCUGGAGUGGUAGCUGGCUGUAAGCAUCAGGAGUUUUCAGGCAUGUCCAAUCCUUUAGCGUUGAGUUUGAUCUCAAGUCACAAUGCAUCCUGUACCAGUACCAUCAGACCUUUUACAUGCUCACUAUAAUACCGUAUGGACACCCUCUGGUUGAUAAGGUAACAUAUUACAGUACUAACUCAACCAUGCCAUUAGUCACCAUGGUCCAGCAUUGCAACAAGGUUUGGAUAUUUGUUAGACAAUAUUUUGGGGAGAGUAUGGCACAUUACGUAGCCUGCCACAGUUGUUUUCACGUUUAACUGCUUCCUCAAACUUUUAGUUUCGGAUAUGUCUAUUCUAAUGAUAUGUUCGGGGGGAAGAGAGAGAAUGGACCUCGGAGGAAAAAAAAUCACCAGCGUCUCAAAUUAGUAUGGGAUUUCAAGCAAGAGGAACACUUGCUUUCCUGAGUAAAUACUGUAGAGUUGAUGACUGUCUGGGAAUUCCACUUUCUUAAGCAUCACCGUUGAUAUCCUUGCCUUUUUGAUGAAGAAGUAUCUUGCGAUUGGUUGGUAAACACAAAGGUUGCUGGGUUUUUCCAUUUAGUGAAAUUUGACCCAUUUAAAUAGUUGGCUUCCUUAAUAUAUUCUCUCUGGUUUACAUUUCCCCUUUAAAUGACAAAUAGAUUAUUUCUAAUCCACUAAUUCAAUCAUUUGGCUUUUGGUCAGGGAAGCGAUAUAAUGGAAAGAUUGCGGCACGAUGGUUAUUUCUUCUUUACUGUGGACAAUGUAACAUGUUCUUAAUGCCCAGAAGAUAUUGGGAGUCCAUAGUAAUAAAGUAUAUUGUUAUUAUUGCCA